CUGGUGCGGCUAGGAACAGAAACUCGUUGUUGAGCGCGCACCUUCUAAGAAACUGGUGCGCGACGGUUGGUUUCGAGCGCUGGCGCGUGCACUGCUAUCACAGAAAUUCCGGUUGGUGGGAGAAUUUGCUGUUCGGUGAUUGCAAGAGGUGUGAAAAGGUUCAGUUAGCUGGAACAUCUUCUGUUGUAUGUGUGGUAACAACAUGUCCGUGCCGCUGCUUGCUGAAGCUGUAACUGUAUCUGGUACUGAACGGGAGACUGCAGCGGUAAUUUUCUUACAUGGUCUUGGAGACACAGGACAUAGUUGGGCAGAUGCGCUAUCUUCAGUCCGUAUUCCAUAUGUGAAAUACAUCUGUCCACAUGCGCCAAAGAUUCCUGUAACUUUGAACAUGAGGAUGGUCAUGCCGUCAUGGUUUGAUCUCAUAGGAUUGAGUCCUGAUGCUCCUGAGGAUGAAGCUGGAAUAAAAAAAGCAACAGAAAAUAUUAAAGCUAUUAUUGAACAUGAAAUAAAGAAUGGCAUCCCAGCACAUAGAAUUAUACUGGGAGGAUUUUCUCAGGGUGGUGCAUUGUCUCUCUAUACAGCUCUUACAUGCCAGCAUAAAUUAGCAGGGGUCAUAGCCCUGAGCUGCUGGUUACCGCUUCACAAGACAUUUCCACAGGCAGCAAGUAACAGUGCAAACAAGGAUACCCCAAUUCUACAAUGUCAUGGUGAUGCAGAUAUAAUGAUACCAGUUCGGUUUGGUGCUCUUACACAUGAGAAGCUAAAAACCAUAGUAUCUCCAAUGAAGCUCCAGUUUAAGACGUAUCCUUCAAUGUCGCACGGCUCAUGUCCACAGGAGAUGGCAGCUGUUAAAGAGUUCAUUGAGAAGACACUGCCCAGGAUUUGACUGGAGCCAUCUUUAAUCUCAUGGUAGAGUUUGAGGGUCACUUUGUCCUUUUCAACUUUGCCAUGCAGACUGCAAAAGGAAGCCAUGUGCAACCAACCUCAGCACCAUUCUAUUUAUUUUUUAGUUUUACAUGUUUUAUUGUGCAAUCUUCUUUGUCAUUUCUGUUUUUUUUCUGUUUUCUUAGUUCUGUCUGAGGCAGGUAGAGAACAUUUAAGGUAUUGUAAGGUGACAGAGACCAAAGCUAGCUUAGUCUCAUUUCCAGAUGUUUUACCAGAUGUAUCCCACAACUAGACCCACAUUUGGAAUCAGCAGUUGCUACAUCCUAGUGUUGGCCUGAGGAUGAAUUCUAUUUUCAUAAAGCAGAUAGGGAAGAAGACACUUCAUUAAGCCGGACUGUCUUGGUCCUAAUAUUCUUCUGCUUGUCUUUUGCUUCUCUUCUGUUAAUGUUCUCCUGUAGCCAACCAUGUUACCAUGCCAUCUCCCAGUUCCUGUGCAGCUCUGAUGUGUAUAUUUCUUUUACAUUGUGCUGAAGAGCAGCAUUGCCAUUUGUGUUUCAGCUCUACAUGUUGAAGCUGCUAAAGACUCUUGGUACAAAACAUGUGUACAGCCACAUACAGAUUAGUUUUUGAAAACUGAACUGUAGGAUUUUCAAACUAGGGCAGAAAGACAAGCUAUCUGGUAAGAAGCUCCACCAGUGCUCGACAGUUUAGUUAUAAAUUCUUUAAUUCCCAGUCUGUGAUUAAGGUUGAACAAGUGAGGUGCUUUGCUGCUUGCUAGGGAAGACCAUGCCCAGUUAAUACUUGUGUAGGGGAAAGUCAACAGGUUUUUGGCUUCUCAUCUAAAGGAUAUUCAGUUUUAGCUAGAUUUAAAGGGGAAAUAUUGAUUUGUUGCAUGCCUGUAUGUGCUAACAGUUGAAAUCUGAAUGUAUGUUGCAGAAUGCUCCCUGCUAACAAAAAUCCACUCCUUACUGUUUAAAAACAGUUUUAUUCAGCAGACAGCCAUCUGAACUGCAGCCAUGGUUAUCAAUUAACCUUCUGUUUACUGUCUAGAUCUAGAGCAUCAUGUAACAUGAGUAGAGCUGUACUUAUUUUAAUUAAGUUACACAAGGUAUGUUUGUAAUACUAGGUGUAAUACUGCAUUCAGGAAAGUUGACUCAAUGUAGAAAUGAUCAAAUGACCAGAUUUCUUUUGGUAGCAAUAGAAGCACAUUCCCAGUCCAUGUAUAAAUUCAGAAGGCACUUUUUUCAUUACAGAAUUAAAUACAUUCCCAUUCUCAUUUCUGCAUUAUAUAAUUUUCCUUAAUUCAACUCUGGAGUAAAAAAAAAAAAAAAAAGUGACCUGGUUUCUGUUGGUGGCUCUGGCACUGGAGGAGUAGGCAGGAAAGGGCAAAGGUCAUGCCUGUUUGCUUCUAUCAGAGAAGGAUGAGUUGGAUGUGUAUGACCAGAAGGUCAAGCUUCAUUUUAGAUGUCUGUGACCAAGCAUAGAAUAUUAGAGGUCCAUAUAAAAUACAGGUCCUUUAAAAGAUGGAUUCUGUGCAUAGUUGACAGCAGCUCUGUUUGCUUACCCUUUGCCCUUAGGGAAACAAAAGGGCCACAGUCAAUCUGCGCCUGGGAGAAAGAAUUAGUUAGAAUGGCCAGAGGAAGACCAGAGCCAAAAAAUGCAUAAUUGUUUGCGUUAACACAGAAUGGUGCUCAUUCUGUGACUCUCUAGACCUAGAUUGAAAGUUGAGGUAUAAUUCUGGUUGCUUUAUGCCAAAUUAAAAAUAUUUAAAAAAAAUAUCAAGUGAGAUCUUAUUAGUGUGCUGCAUUCAGCAAAUUUCAUUUGGAUUUCUGUCUCACUGCAAGCUGAAAAGGUAAAUAAGCAUUUUUCAUUCAAGGAUUUGGCAUUGCAUACAGAUUAUGAAACAGAAUUUAAAAGAAAUGAUAAGAAAUAGACACUGCCAAGCUUUUGUAGACCAGACUGAGCCUUCAAAGACGCAUCUUUAGCAGCUGGGGCUGUUUGUGUAAUAUAGGGCUGCAGAUGAUGGAAUGUUGUGGGAAAAAAAAUUUCACAAAAGGAACAUUGGUAAGCCACACCUUCCAAACUUAAAACAUUCAUUUAGUUUGUUUUGUUAAAUUAGGAGGUGUACUUGUCCUUCUUAAGCAAUAUCUUAUCUGAAGUCCUGCUACGGAAUAUAUGAAGUGCAGAAUACUGAAGAUCAACAAACCAGAGCAUGAAGCAUUUGUGUGAUGCAUAAUGUAGUCGUGCUUAUAAAAAGCAGUGUCCAUGUGAGAUCAUAUACUAACAAGUUUUAGGUGUGCAGCACAAAAAAAUUCCUUUUAGACUAGUAUUUGUGCAGGAUUUCAGUAAAAUAACUACAUUUUGCUUUUGAGUCCAUAUAAUUAACAAUAAAGCCCUUUCCUAAACUCUCCUUGAGCUGCUAUUCAAACAAGCAGUUUAGCAGUCUGUCUGUACACUUUAGCUGUUUCACUCUGUGUUCCAUAACCCAUGUUUUUAGUAAUGGAUACAGAAAGACAUACGGUGGCCGUGAUGUGUUGUGGUUCCUGUCCCUCAUUUUCAGUAUCGUGCUGGGCUUGGGCAGUCAGUCUGUGGCUGUCAUUGUGAUUAACUGAGAAUGGACUGCAUUCUCAAGAAAGUUUGAGAAUAUUAUAGCAAGAAAACUGAUCCAUAGUGUUUGUUACUCUAUUGAUCCUUACAUUUGAGCUUGGAGACCAGCAUGGAUUACUUGUAUGACUGAAUUGUACAAAAUUCUGAAGAUUUGAUUAUGUCUGAGGAGGAUAACAGAUUUUGACUGUUGCUGAAUCAGUAGUUACAUAAACUUUGAAUAGAAAUCAUCAGCUACUGUACUACCUAUUUCCAGAAUCUUAGUCAAAAGCUUCUAACCUUUGUGGUACCGGUUUCAAAAUUUGGCACUGAAGCAUUGGAGGUAGAUGUUUUUUGAUCUGUAGCACAGGUGGUGUUUUAAUUCAUAAGAUAGAUAAAAAUAGGCAGAAAACAUGGCCAAUGGUAAAAGCUACAAAACAACGCUUUAAUGAAGUAAUCACUUUCACGUCUCCAACGACGCUUCCUCAGACUUUCAAUAAAACUUUGCAGUGAAUAAUGCAUUUAAUACCCUCAUAAACACUUAAUUAGUUCCCAUUAGAUAUUCAAAUUAGGUGCUCUCCCAAGAUCUUAACUCAACCACAUGCUGAAAAUAGCUGCAGUUAGCUAACCAUAAAAAUAUAAGUAUAUAUGACUAACUAAAUGAGUCCAUAUACCUAUAAAUAUUAUAAAAUCAACAAAGCAUAUACAACAAUAAAAACUUUAAUUCAUAAGAACAUUUCCAUUUUGGUUAACUGAAUUAACAAGGGAUGGUGCUUUAUCCAUUUAUUUUUAGUGAUUAUCAAAGCCAUAGUAUAUUGACCACAUAUAUUCCAGUACUUGUCGAUAUGAUGCAUCUCUUAGCUCAGUGGAAGUAUUCCACCUAGAAAAUGUUAAGUAUUUUUUUAUAUUGCUCAUGCAGAAUCAUGUUGGCAAAUAACCCUUUCUUCGAGGAGAACUUCUGUUAGUGUUCUUAACAGUCAUACUUCCAUUUUUUGUCAUUUAUCCUGAGAGUUCUCUGGAUUGCCAGCCAGCAGUAUUAGAAGAAGGCAAGCUUUCUAUCCAUUUUAUGCACCCCAGUAGACAGGGAAGCCCUUUUUACUGUUGGGGUGGAUAACCAGAUUGAUCACUCUCCAUUUUACCUGCGUCAAUGCCCACAUCAUCCUGCUGUCCUGUAAGUCGUGUACUGCAGUGAGUGUGAUUGUGUAAUUGAUUGGAUCUUCUGUAGUGUUUAGGGCCCCGUGAUGGUGCCAUUUCCACUGAAGUCAGGCAGCUGGUGUUAUGAAGUGAGACUUAAUAGAGAUACCGCCAGAAGGUAUUUUUAUCUAACAACAAGACCGUGUUUUGAGGCUGUAGCUUAUUCAUAGUUCAUUGUAACUUGGUCCAUUAAGGAUCAUGGCAUUGUACAACACCGCCUGGCUGAAGUACUUAAAGGAGAUUUUUUUAUUAGGUGUUCCAUCUUUGUCAUUUAGGUGACAUUGUAUCUCAGUUAAAAUUUUCACCUGAUGUCUCCAGUGUGUAGGGUUUAUUCCUGAUCUCAAGUCAGUGUUUGUGUGACUCGUUUCUGUGCACAUUGUUUUUUUCUGUUGACAUACCUGAAUAGUUCAUGUAUAGAGCAUUUACUUUUUUCUUUUGUAUGUCCUAGUUCGUGACAAGAAAUAGGGGUCAUCAUAGAUUAAAAUUGAAUUUUGGAAGCUUUUCAAGGUUGUCACUCCACUGAGAGCCUGAAAUCAUGCAGCUUAUCAGAAAUCUGAUAUCUGUUUUAAGAGGAUUUGCUUUUCACUGUGGUGGUCAGAAUUCUUUGUUAGUGCUUUAUGGUACUUGCUAAGUAUUAAUAUACAUUGCUGGUGGAGGUUAUCAGCAUGCUCAAGAUGUGUCCAGUUCAGAUGCUGAAGAGUUAGCUAUAUGACUUGUGUAGUCUGCUUACAUGUCAUUCAUGCUGCAUGUGAUACUGAUGAUGCAAGACACAGAGCCAGUGGUAUGGGUAUUUGACUUGCCAUGUGUGCAAAACCUAAGAAUAAUAUUAAGGGUGUGUUUAGUGUAGCUAGAAAGGGGUGCUCGUUAAUGUUGUAUGAGAAUCUGCAUGCUGGCCUUCUAGACCGCGUUAUCUCAGAGGGCUGUAGGAAGCUGUUAGAGAGACUAUCCUCCCCUUUUGGGAGAAUAAAUGUUCUGAGAGUUCCUGCUUAAGUUGCACAUUUCUCUAAAACCAUCUACUCCCACAACACUGAGUAAUUGAUUCUUCCUUCUGUUGCUAGAAUGGGCCCCUCCUGAAUCAGUCCACAGACCUAAUGAGCAAGGGUCAUUCUGUGAAGCCCCUAUCCUUUUAGCAACUCUGCUAGACCCUUCAUAUCACUUUGUCCAUUACAGGAACACACAGGGUAAUACAGCAUAAGUUAUCAGUAGAAUAAGUUGCCAGGGGUUCUUUGAACAAAAGGGCUAGAAUCUUUCUUCAGUGAGUCAUUUGGGUAGUGUGUCAUAACAUACAGUGUACCUUACGCUGUGAAUCCAACGUGAACUUCCCAGCAGCUCAUCUACUUACACAGGCUUUUAUAAGUUUCACAGUACUUGUAUACUGAUGUUGGCUGACACAAGUCUUCCAUAAGACUAGUGUUUGAAAGUAUUAAUUUCUCAUUACCCAAAAAUGUUGUUUCCUUUUUGUUCUUCCACUGACAGUUACUCAUUUUAGCUGUAACAAAUUUCAAGAUUAAUACAGAAAGUUUACUUUGAAGAUGCCUAUAUUGAUUUGACAAGAAAAAUGUAGUUUGGGAAAAGUUUAUUGUAUUGACUUUGCCACGAAAAUAACACACCAGUAUGAAUUAGAAUCCCCCUCUGGCUUAGAAGGUACUCUGCCCAUAAGGACUCGCACUGAUAGAGGGACAGAAAACAAACUCCACAACACAUGAUCUGCUGGUAGACAUUUCAGUAGCUGCAUUGCUUAUUGAGCUGAUAAUGACCCCAUGGAUUUAACCAGUGAUUCCAAUAUGGAGUAAUAUCUCCAGUUAAGUGUAUGUUGGUUACGCAGCAAUAGGGGUACAUUACAGAAGGAAUGCUGUUACCAUUGUUAGUCAGGAUUUGGUAUAAUAACCAGUGUAUGUAUAUAAAGGCUGGCUAAGCUUACAGCUUUGUCCUUAUCAGCACUGGUCUUAGAACUGAUGGUACCAGGACAUUCUUCCAAACAGCACCCCCCAGACUUCAUUAAGAAAUACCCUUUAUUGACUCCUCUUCAGGUUUACAAGAGUAUUUCAGGGUAGCCUGCCCAUAACAUCCUGCUCAGUUCCUUCCUUCAGCUCACACCCGCCAUUCUCCAAACUGAAGUCAUCCAUAUGGUAAUGGUCCAUUUUGGCAUCUGUUUGAUAAGCUGCAAUAAUUUCUACUCAGACAGAAAAGAUGUUCAUCAUUAGAUCACUGUUACAGUAAUGCUUACUGAUGGGGGAUGUAUCCUGCCAAGGAUACCAAAUAUCCGACCAGUGUAGAAAAGCUUAGGCACCUUCCUUUUGUGCCAGAAGUAUGGCCUAGGACCUAUGCAGAAGACUACAUCCUGCUACUUAACUCAUUACAUCCGAUUAAUGCCUCCAGGUGCAUCUGCAGUUAACUCCUACUGACGCCUCUAGAAGUCAAAUAUUGCUUGUUCAUAUUUGCAUCAGUUACUCCAAAACCAUACUAUGUACAAGGUUUUAAAAGAUUUCAUCAUAAAGCUCCCAGUACAACUAUGGAAGAUGUCCAUGUGGAUUUGUGUUUUACCACGGUUAUUAUAUUACACAGAUGAGGGUAAAUGUUUACCUGCACAUCACCCACUGACCUGACAUCUACAAAUAUGUAAUGUUUCGAUUACAGCUUCAUCUUGUAGCUAUUCCACUUUAUUUCAUUAGAUUCGAGAUUGCAUUCAAGUUUAAGAGUUUAAAGGUAACUUUGUUUUUUUGAGAACUACAGUAUAUUGCCUUUUGUUUCUUGUGCUCUAACUUCGUGCAUCAUGGCCAGUAACAAUGGACAGAUCUUGGAACUGGCUCCAAGAAAGUCUGCAUUUAAUCAUUUGUAGAUAAUUAAGAUGUUAACCCUCCACAAUACUUUUACAAUUUAUCAACAAGAUGAAAGCUUGAUAAAAUAUAUUUUCAUUUCAUAACCAUUGCCAAUGAUGUAUUAAGUGUACCUAAUUCCCUGGGUGGUUUUCAUGUUAUGGUCACUCUACUUAUUUUGGAGGUACCAUGCAUAGAUGCACAUAUUCUUUCUCUUCCUGAUUAAGGACUAUUCAAAUGCAUUGUUUAUGCACCAGUGGCCACUGUAAAUGAUUACAGACUGCUUUGCACAAAUGUACACUAGUCCUGCAAAGCCAGACUAAUGACUGCCUUACCCUGCUGUCAUGAUCAAGGUAAAGAUGCUUAUCCACAGGUAUCCACUGUAUUCAGCAGGCACAGUCCCACUGUCUACAGUGCACACGUCUGAUGUCUGACUGUAGCAACGAUAAUAAUGGACACAAUACUGUUACAGGUUUGUUUCACAACCACUGUUACAAAGAGUACCAUUUUUACACAUAAAUGUUAACUAGUCCCGCAAACCCACUGUUUAUAAACUGAAAUUAUAAAAAGGUAAGUUAACUUUCAUACACAACCAAAACACCCACCCAAUGGUUUUAGCAACUUUACUGUGGACCACUUCCAUCUGAUUAUAGUAAAAAAAAGUACCUGUCAGCAUCUUGGAGCAAAAAUCAUGAUAAAGCCAAAAAUGAGGACCAAAGGCCCAUAAUGAGGGACUUGUUUUGUUUCAUAGGUCAUGAGUUGCUAAAGUAAAAGUUUUUGCGUUAGCAUACAUUUUCAAAUGAACAUGGUUUGAAACUCAAAUAUUUGUCAUUAUUUAGUGACUGCAGCCCUCAGUGAUUUACUGGAAUGCCACAAAUUUGAUGAGGAACAGACCAAAAGUACAAAGCAAAGUCAGGGUUCCCGAUUGUUGGUGUCCCUUAAGGAAAACCUAAGAGGUGAGAUGUGUAUAAUGGUGGGUAAUCAGGAAAACUUUAAAGUAUCAUUGUUGAUAUUUAUCAUACUCCUGUGAACAACUGUCUGCAUCUUCCUAGAUGACAGUCUUUACACCCCACCAGUUCAGCUGUAUCUGUAAGCCUCCAUCAAAGAAUAGUGAAGGGGCAGCAUACAUCUUGUCCCUUGGGAAAAGAGCUUGCAGGAGCUAUACACACAGUCCACCAUCUAUUACUAAUGAGCACUCCUGCUGUCCUGGCUCAAUAUGAAACUCAAAACACAGAGAUGGGCAUCUUUCCUUCAAACCAGAUAUGUGCUGUCGUAGAGAACAGGUCGGUACCAGUGGUGCAUGGUACAUUUUAGAGUCUUAGGAAAUGCUAAAGCUAUUUCCUGAAGUGUCAAAAUGGUUUACUUCCAGAACUAUCUUGGCUGCACUGUAGAAUUUCUUCCAGGUUUGAUAAUCACAUUCCUUGCAAACCACAUACCUUCUACUUUAUACUGAGUUGCUUAGCAUAGUUUAUUGUGUGGAACCCCACUGCUGUUUGGCUGUUGUAUUCUGUAGUUUAGAAUAUCCACAGUUCCUGUUUAAGAUCAAAUUAGGUUCCAUAGCAAAGGCUGGUCACUGUACUCUGUCACCAUACACGUACCUUAGUUUUCCACUGUCUUGGAUCACUGAUGCUCAGGGGAUAUUUGAUAUAGGACACCUUUUGACCAGGUCGUACCCCAUUGUCUAAUAUUGGUUGGAGAUCAUUAGUGUAGUAAGUAUACUGCGUUUAAACGUUUUUUUCCAUAGUCACAUUCGUACUUUUGUCAUAUAAAAUGUACUUUUCUUACUUUACACUUUGUAUUUGUCUUCAGUUUACUUAUUAAUUUUUGUUUCAUCUCCAGGACUAAGUGGAGAGAGAAAAAUGUAUUGCAAUUUAUCACCAAAACUCAGCUUAAAUAUUGUACUGCAGAAGUAACUUGUUGGUUUAAGUUGUCUCAUCAAACUCAAGACUCAAUUGCUUUGCUGGUUUAAACAAUUGUCAUUUGUAUGCUUUUGAAAAGUCUUUGUUAUGAAAGUAAAGAGUGGAACUAGAGUGUAUAUUCUGGUUUGAAUACAUUGUAAUCAUAAUGUGACAAUGCAGAAAAAUAGAAGCCACCUACUCAGAAGUCUGAUUGUAGUAACAAUAAUUAUGUACGUUAACUGUACUUUAGGUUUGUUUCACAGCCAAAGUAGCCCAAGAAUACCAUUUUUUCAUAUAAAAAAAACAUAAAACAUACCAUUUUUGUUCUCAAUUUAAACCAGGGAGGAGUUAGUGUGGGCAUUUCUAGUACAGGACAAUAAUGUAUAUGAGGAAGAGGGACUGUAUUUGAAAAUGAAGAGUUUUCUGAAAAGCUUUUCACUGGCUGUCCUCAAGUCUUAAAGCAAUACUGUCACUGUGCAGUCAAGAAAAUACAAAGACACGGUUCCUGUAUAUCCUGUAUAUCACUGAUUAAAAUAAAAAGAGCAUUGGCAGAUGUGCUCACACUGUUGAACAA